AUGGCAGUACCCAACGGGACCAAGGCCCACCCCACCACCUUCAUCCUCCUUGGCAUCCCGGGGCUGGAGGCGGCCCACGUCUGGAUCUCCAUCCCCUUCUGCUUUGUCUACGUGCUGUCUGUCGUAGGGAACAGCCUCCUCCUGGCUGUGAUCAAAUCCGAGCCCAGCCUCCAUGAGCCCAUGUACCUUUUCCUCGCCAUGCUGGCCGUCACCGACCUGAUCAUCUCAACCACCACCGUGCCCCAGACCCUGUGCGUUUUCUGGUUCAGGGACUGGGCCAUUCACAUCAAUGCAUGCCUGGCCCAGGUGUACCUCCUUCACACCCUGUCAAUCAUGGAGUCCGGGUUCAUGCUGGCCAUGGCCUUCGAUCGCUACGUCGCCAUCUGUAACCCGCUGCGACACUCAGCCAUCCUGACCCAUCGGGUCAUAGCCACCCUAGGGCUGGGGGUUGUGCUGAGGGCGGCCGUGUCGGUGGGCCCACACCCAUUCCUGCUGCGCCAGCUCCCCUACUGCCGAACCAACGUCAUUCCUCACACCUAUUGUGAGUUCAUGGCGCUGGUGAACCUGGCCUGCGCAGACAUGAGCACCAUGAGUACCUACAGCCUGGUUGUGGCAUUUCUCACCGCAGGGGUGGACUUGAUCCUCAUUGUCCUGUCCUACAUCCUGAUCUUGCGGGCCGUCUUCAAGCUCCCUUCCAAGGAGGCCCGUCUCACGUCCCUGGGCACCUGCAGCUCCCACAUCGGUGCCAUCCUCGGGUUUUAUAUUCCAGCCUUUUUUUCCAUUCUCACCCAUCGGUUUGGCCACAGCAUGGCUCCUCACGUCCACAUUAUUGUAGCCAACAUCUAUAUGCUGGUUCCCCCCAUGAUAAACCCCAUCAUCUAUGGGGUCAGAACCAAAAAGAUCCGCAAUAGAGUCCUCCAGGUCUUCAGUGCCGUGGACUGUCACACUAUUUCAUAA